AAUAAAAUUCUCCAGUUGGUAAGAUAAGGGCUAAAGGUUCUGAGUAAUCAUUUACUCCUAAGGGCAAGACAGCUCCAGAAAGCCGAGAAAUUGAUGUGACGGGAACCAGGACCAUGCAGUCCACCCUCCCCAGUAAGUAGACGCUGGACCUUAGGAGGAGAGAAACAGAAUGUCUACUGGAGCAGACAUCAAGGCGACAGUGGGAGACAUUCCUAAUGACAACAACUUAAACAUGACGCAAGAAGAAUCCCACAAGAAAGGCUUCUGCUCCCUGCGGCAUGGUCUGGCCCUCAUCUUGCAUCUCUGCAAUUUUUCUAUUUAUACCCAAAAAAUGAACUUGAGCAUUGCCAUAACAGCUAUGGUGAACACCACAGUGGCCUCCGGCCAGCUCAAUGUGUCCACAGAAGGACCCACCACCAACUCCCAAGACUUCUGGAAUGAAACACUCCAGGAAUCUAAGGUAGCACCAGUGUAUGACUGGGCUCCAGAGAUCCAGGGAAUCCUCCUCAGCUCCCUGGACUAUGGAUCAUUUUUAGCUCCGAUCCCCGCUGGCUAUGUGGCUGGAGUAUUUGGAGCCAAGUAUGUGGUUGGUGCGGGCUUGUUCAUUUCUUCAGUCCUGACUCUCUUCAUUCCACUGGCAGCCGAUACUGGAGUAGCCUUGCUCAUUGUCCUGAGGAUCAUCCAAGGCAUCGCUCAGGUUAUGGUAUUAACAGGUCAGUUCUCAAUAUGGGUCAGAUGGGCUCCCCCAUCGGAAAGGAGUCAACUCACCACCAUUGCUGCAUCCGGGGCAAUGCUUGGGACCUUCCUUGUCCUCAUUGCUGGCGGUCUUCUUUGCCAGGCCCUAGGAUGGCCUUAUAUCUUUUAUAUCUUUGGUGGAAUUGGCUGUGCCUGUUGCCUGAUAUGGUUUCCUCUUGUAUAUGAUGACCCACAGAAUCACCCCUUUGUCAGCACUGGUGAGAAGAGAUACAUUGUGUGUUCACUGGCUCAAGAGGAUUGCUCUCUGGGCUGGUCUCUUCCCAUAAAAGCCAUGGUCAAAUCUCUCCCACUUUGGGCCAUUGUAGUUUCUUAUUUCUGUGAAUACUGGCUGUUAUCGACCAUAAUGGCAUACACGCCCACAUACAUCAGCUCUGUACUUCAAGCAAACCUCCGAGACAGUGGCAUCCUGUCGGCCCUGCCAUUCGUGGUUGGCUGUAUCUGCAUUAUCCUUGGAGGACUCUUGGCGGAUUUUCUCCUCUCCAGGAAAGUCCUCCGACUUGUAACUAUCAGGAAGCUCUUCACUGCCGUAGGUGUCCUUGUCUCAUCUGGGAUCCUCGUGCCCCUGCCUUGGGUCAGAACUAGCCGUAGCACCACCAUGGCCUUUUUGGUCCUAUCUUCUGCCUCUGCCAGCCUCUGUGAUUCAGGAGCCCUCAUUAACUUCUUGGAUAUAGCUCCACGGUACGCUGGCUUUCUCAAAGGACUAUUGCAAGUCUUUUCUUAUCUAGCUGGAGGCAUAGCUCCUACUGUGGCUGGAUUUUUCAUCAGUCAGGACACAGAGUCUGGCUGGAGAAAUGUCUUCUUGCUUGCAGCUGCUAUUAACGUAGUAGGCCUGCUCUUCUACCUCAUCUUCGGCCGAGCAGAGGUACAGGACUGGGCUAAGGAUCUGACAUUCACCUAUCUCUGAGCAAAGUGAGCGAUGUGUGAAAUCCUGACACUUUCCUUCAAAGACCUGCUUCUGUGCCUGAUUGACUGCUAAAGCCAUCUAACUGGAAAGAGCUUCAUUUCCAGGGUCAUCUCAGAGACACUGGCUAUGUGAUAAUAAAGGCUUCCCCCGCCACACACACACAACUGAAGGUUUCACAAGGGAAAGAAAAGACUUUUUUAUAACUGUGCUCCUGAAAGCAUAGGUUCGAGUUUUUAAAAAUCCUCUAUACUUUCCUCUGUUGCCAUGUUAAAAGCAUCAAAGACUGGAGGACAAUUUGCCGCCAAAGCCAAAGAGGAAGCAGAAGUACAGGAGUGCUGAGUUGGAACCACAGGAGAAUGGUACCAUGAACCCUGUAAGCUGUCAAGCAAAGAGACCUGACAACCUGGAAAACAGGAUGUUUAUGGACCGAAGUCCCAGGGCAGGAGGCCAAAGUGCACAGUUGAUCUCAUGUCAAAUGAUGGAAUUAAAGGGCCCUCGUGGGUCUCGGUGUGUGCAGGAUGUCUGACUGAAAACAACCAGGAUAAAGAGCAAUGAAGAGUGAACAGCCAUGCAUCAAGGAAUGAACUUUCUCCAACUAAUAUAAAAGGGGUAGUGGAAUCCAACCGUUCCAGACAGCUUUCUUCCUGUGGUUGUUGGCUUUCAAAACCACUUCGGCAAUAUAAACACCACUCAGGCAUUCUCUGGACUCAACUCUUCCACAGCUACCUUCUUUUUGACCACUCUGACCCACACCCCUCAUUUGGAUGCAGAUCUGUGCAAAUUCCUUGUGUCUUAGUCUUAAUGAGUAGGUGUUGCCUUGAGUGUCUCUGAUCUCCUCAUGUAUAGCUUUGCAGCAUCAGUCUCCUCAUGGAUGCCCUUCGCCUGCUUCCCUGACUCUUGUGAUCUCAGCCACUGCUCCGUGGGCCUCAUAUAAGUAAAAUGUCUUCUAAAAAAAAUGUAUGUAAGAA